AUGUUAAAUUCUUUAUCAAACGAUUUAUCAAAAUUAAUCUUGGAUGCUGAAGAUUUCGAUUAUAAUGUCGUUAUUAAGGUUGGAAAAUCACCUAAUAUCUCUCGAUUUAAAGCACAUACUUGUAUAUUACGUUCCAGGUCUCCUUAUUUUUAUUCGGCUUUAUCUAAAAACUGGGCCAGGAAAGAAAGAAAUGUUAUCAUUUUCGAAAAACAAAACAUCACCGCCCAUGUUUUUAAUAUGAUAUUAGGGUACAUUGAAGAAGAUGCUAUUGAUUUACCAAUUAAACUAAAACCUUAUGAAAUGUUAUUACCGAAUAAACCUUCUGAAAAUAUAAAUUCGUUUUUGCGUGAAAACAAUUAUAAUGAAGGAGAACUUCAUGUGAAGACGAACGAUGCACAAUAUAUUAAUUAUUCCCCCAUAGAUUCAAAUAUUAUCAAAUUGAAACAUGCAGCACUCAUAGCUCAUUGGAUAGAUCAUCAAGAUGACACGAACAUUCGCGUGUGUAGGAAUUAUCCUACUUAUGAUUUCAAACUUCUUUUACAAGGUAGUUUGAAUGGUUUUGGCGCGAAAUCAACAAAGUUCCAUAAAGUUAAACAGGAACAUGUAAAUAUGGCUUUAUUUUGUGCUGAUAUGCGCGGUCCGUGUUUUGGAUGUCGGGAUUUAUGGAUGUCAAAUUGUAACAAUUUGGCUAUCAAUUGUAAUUGCGACGGUAAUUAUUACGACGGUAAAAUUUUGGAAUCAAAGAAUUUUAGUGUCGAAGAUUAUGAG